GGCGAGCGGGGCGAGUGCAGGCAUUUUGGUCCAAGAUCGGUCACGGGCCGUGAUGAAGAACUUGUUUGUCUUUUGAUUCGCCUUAAUAUAGGCGGUUGCCCUUGUCGGAGUAGUGGGAGGCGAGCAGGCCCGACGAAACGCGACAGUCGAAACGGUACAAUACAAGAACCAGUUCCGACAACCAUCGUCUGGGUGUUCAGGCGGCUACAGUUUCGACUUGACCUCUGAGUCGGCUGCACCUCUGCUCCCUCCUGGCUUCUGGAGAGUUCUUCUGCACACGAGCCACUACAGCUACAGCUGCCACACACCGCUGCUGCCACUGCUGCACAUCUGGACGUGGACGAGCAGAUCUGCAUCCUGGCGGCUGGCACUGCACCCGCUCGGAGAACAGUGAGCAGUGGGUAUGGUGCUAAGGUUGAACUCUGAACUCUAGAGCUUUUGCAACUGAACUGUGCUAGGGGGUGUGCUAUCACUACGCACAUGAUUGAGUAAAUCAGCGACACGAGAAGUGCAUCUGUAAAUGUAUUGACGUUGACUUGUGUUACUGUUUAUGCCUGUUGCCGUUGAUUGUUGGGCAGGAUUCGAACCUUGAACUUGCUAUUGGGUACUGGUGUGAUAGCAUUGAACGUAGUUUCCAACUUUGGGGAACCCUUGACUGUUAUCACAUUGGCCAUUGGACGAGUGACAUCAUUCCUGUCCAGGACAAAUAUCUUGAUCGUCCAUUUGUUACUAUUAUCUUGUUACGUCGACCUCGUAUUGAAGUUGGACCUCACACCACCAGGCUUCAGAAGAUUGCUUUGAAUUUGAUAGUUAAAGUCUGGAUACAUUCGCUAUAGGUUGCUAAGCAAGAACAGAACUGAUUGAUUAAGGGCACUCACUGAUAGCUUCGGAUUCCUGACACAUUCCUGAAGCUGGCCACGCUGAACCUAUUUAGUCUACUUUCAUGGUUGUUUAACUUGCACAUUGAUAAUCCAUGAGCUCUCAGAGAUCGAAGGCGUGUCACCCAUUGAUCUUCAUUUUGCUUGGUCUUCAACUUGUCUCCUUAAUCUCAUUGAACAUGGACCUGAAUGUUGAGCGGCUCAAAGUGCAAGAGCUCAGGGAUGAGCUUGAAAAGAGAGGACAAGAUACAAGAGGAUCAAAGGAAGUUCUGAAAGAAAGGUUGAACCUGGUCCUCAAGGAAGAAGCCUUUGAAAUGGCAACUGACCCAAAAACUGCUGGUGAGCUGCGGGCAGUUACCGUGGAGGGGGCUGAAGAUGGUGCCUCACACGUGAGAACCAAGCCACCAGAUGGAGACGUUCAAGAUGUAUCAGAGGUUGGUGAUAGCGCCUCACAGCUGGCAGCUGGACCCCAAGUGGAACAUUCAGUUGCAUGUGGAUCGAGGUGCUCAGGGGGCUCUAUGCGAUCCCUACGUGCACAAGAGUCUGCCAAACGUGCUGCUGCAGAAGUGAGGCUUCGAUUCCUGAAGGAAAAGCAUCGUCUGGAAGCCCAAGAGAGAGAGCUGGAGAUGAAACGAGAAGAACUCAAACUUCAAGAGGAGAUUGCAGAAGCAGAGGCCAAGGAGGAGGCAUUUGCGAUGGCAAGCCAAGCAAGCUCCCAUUCUGGUGUGGCACACAAGUUGAAGAAACAGCAGCCCCGAUCGAAUGGCGCUGCUGAGCUAAACCCUCAACCCGUACCAACCAGAGCUCAGCCCCCUCAACCUCAGCAUGAUGGAGAGCAGGGGGUAAUCAAGAAACUUCUGACCGCCAGCCUGCUCCCAAGACCUGAUAUCCCAGUAUUCUCUGGAGAUGUGACUAGAUUCACCCAGUUCCUCCGAGCCUUUGACAACAGAGUUGCACACAUUGUCCAGGAAGACGACAGUAAAUUGUUCUAUCUGGAACAGUUUACAAGCGGAGUGCCACGCGACAUCGUCCGAAGUUGCAUGAACAUGGCCACUGGAGGCUACCAAACAGCGAGGUCUCUGCUCGAGAAGAGAUAUGGAGAGCGAGACAAGAUAGCUGAUUCAUUCGUGAACAAGCUGAUGAACCGGCCUACUGUGAGGGCUGAUGACGUCACGACACUCGACAACUUCGCACUGGAGCUCCGGACGUGUGAAAACGCAGUCGGAAGUCUCCAGCAAGGCCUGAACGAGUUGGACCAUCCAAAGACGUUGAGAAAACUGCUGGAAAAGUUGCCCUACGCGUUACAGGAGAGGUGGAGAAGGGAGGUCGACGAUCUUACAGUUCGGAAGGGUCGUGCCGUGCGCUUCUCUGACCUGGUGCGCUUCGUCGAAAUCGAAGCGAGAGUGGCAUCAAAUUCCGCGUUUGGGAGACACAUGUUCCAGAAAACAGGAAACACCAAGCAAAGAGAGAAAGAAGCCAAAGUGAAUUUUGUUCGCCAAGAAGAGAGCGAGAGAAGAGAGAUUGUGAAGAAGCCAGUCUGUCCCUGCUGCGAUGAAGCUCAUACGUUGGAGAACUGCUCUGCGUAUGCGAAGCGCCCUCUCGAUGCCAGACGCCAGCUCAUCAGAGAUAACGCCUCUGUUUUGGGUGUCUGA